AUGUCCUUGACCCGCGGUCAUACAAGUAGCAGAGUUCAAAGAUCAACAGUCUCGUUCCUCCGCUUCUUCUCCUCGUACUCAUCCUCCACCUCACGUUCCUUCUCACCACUCACCACCACCACCACUCAUCCCCUCACCAUCACCUCGUCCCGCUCAUCACCCACCACUACCACCACCACCACCACCACCACCCCGCCAAUCCCAAGCUCCCUCCUUCUCACCCGCCGCAACAUCAACAUGUCCUCGUCAGGCGUCUCCCUCGUCGAGCAGGCCAAAAAGGCCGCCGCCUACCGCGCCGUCGACGAACACCUCGACGCCUCAGCCCGCUUCGUCGGCAUCGGCUCCGGCAGCACGGUCGUCUACGUCGUCGACGCCAUCGCCGCAAAGGGCCCCGCCUUCUACGGUGACAUGACCUUCUUCCCCACGGGAAGCCAGUCCAAGGGCCUCAUCCGCGCCGCGGGACUGCGCCUCUGCAACCUCGACGACAGGCCGCUGGGCCCGGACGGCAAGCUUGUGGCCAUUGACGUCGCGUUUGACGGCGCCGACGAGGUCGACGCCGAUCUCAACUGCAUCAAGGGCGGCGGCGCGUGUCUUUUCCAGGAGAAGCUCGUUGCGAUCGCGGCCAAGAAGUUUGUCGUAGUCGCAGACUACCGCAAGCUCUCAUCGAGACUGCUCACAAACUGGAAGGCCAUCCCCAUUGAGGUCCUCCCCAUGUCCGCCCCAGACGUCCUGGACAGACUGACGGCCCUCGGCGCCGUAAAGCCCGCUGUGCGGCCCGGCGCCCCCGGCAAGGCCGGCGAGGUCGUCACCGACAACGGCAUGUGGCUCAUUGACGCGCCGUUCCCGCAGCUUCUCCUGCCCUCCGACGUCACAGACGGCGGUGCCCGCAACGCGAGCGGCGCGUGGGAGGUCUCGGCGCUGGCCAAGGAGCUGCUGCUGAUCCCGGGUAUCGUCGAGAUUGGCAUCUUCCACGGCCUCAAUGGCGUCGAGGCCGCGGCGGCGGGCAAGGUUGGCCUGGCGCAGAAGCCGGUGGCUGCGUACUUUGGUAUGGAGGACGGUAGCGUCAAGGUUACCGGCAGCUCAUAA